AUGGCAGAGAUCGAUCAGGAGUUAUUGACGGUAAAUAACUUAGACGAUAUUGAAAGAGAGCUAGGGGCAAAUCCGUUUCCUUGGACGGACGUUUGCACGGAAGAAAUAAUGCAGUGGUUAGAUUGCUACAGCAUUUGUCACCGAACAGCCAAGGAAGUUUUACUCAUGGUGAUGAUGACAACAACAAGUUCUCUUUUGGGUAACUCUACCAUCAGAGUAUACGAUAACGACCCUUUCGAAGAGAAAGCUAAUCUCCAUACGAUUGUGAUCGGGCCGUCAGGAAUUGGUAAAUCCCCUGCUGCACGCCAUGGCUGUCGUUUACCAUUAACGGAGCAUCUUGAAACGAAGGUCAACAAAAUAAUGUGGACUGACGAACCAACAGAAAAUGGCUUGUUUAAUUUCUUUGUAAGCAACGAUAAUGUUGUUCCCAUGCUCUGUAUCGACGAAGCGACCGAAUUUCUUCGACGGACGGUUUCACAGAAGGGACGAAAAGGGCUACUCGAAAUGAGCCGAAUGUGUAAGUUGUACGACGGCGACUCUUGGUUCAUGCUAAAAGGUACGAAAGGAAAGAGGAGUGGCGUCUCCGAAGCGCGUUGUUCGUUUCUGGCCUUGUGUACUGCUAAAGAAUUCUUAGAAAGUAUAUGGCCUGUAGCAAUCGCGGCGAAAAACGGCUUUCCAGAUCGAAUUCUCCUCUAUUACAAAUUCGAAAGUCAUAGGGCAACACUCAGCGAUGUUGGAGAAAAACUGAAUAAGCUAAGACAAGAAUACGGUUCGCUCCAGAAUCUCAACGGUGUGUUCGAAGAUAUUUAUACACGACACAACUCGGGUUCCUCAAUUAAAUACACGCUUUCCAACGAAGCGAAAGAAAUUUACAUCAAGCACGUCGACGAGGCAAUUCCAAGCCAGGAGAGCAAUACCAGAAACAGUUCGAGUUGCAACCACAAAGUUCAAAGGAACAUUCUGAAAGUGGCCUUAAACCUUCAUGUGCUAUACAACCGCAUCACCAACGUGUUAGAUGGUCAAUCCAACCAAAUUCCUGUGCGUAUUUCUGUCCACACCAUGAAUAAUGCAAUUGCGUUGAUCGAAUUCCUAAAACGGAUGCGAGCAAUAUCGGAAUUGGUAAGUUUGGCUUUAUUUUUAUAUAUUUACUUUCUCAAACUCGUGCACCAACUGGUUGAGAAAAGCACUAAAUAAAUUACUAUAGACUUCAGUAUUUAGUUUUCUUCACAAGGAAUGUGACCCUUUAUAUUAGGUUCUUAAAUAAAUUUGAGAGUGUCGCAUCUUGUUGUAUUGUAAUUAAUGAAAACUCUCGAUUGUAGGAAACACACAAGUCUAUAACAGAGAAAAAUCGUUCUCAACGUUUCGAGCAAAGGCCCUUUAGUCAUGGAGAAUUAGUAGGGAGGGCCUUUGCUCGAAAGGUCGAUAAUGAUUUUCCUACAAUCAAGAGUUUCCUGUCAAUGCCGCAGCCAGGUACCCUGGUUCCAGAGGUUUAUUUUUAUUAUUUCAUUGCAAAGGGGAGAGGGAAAAUAAACUUCUGGUUGAAAGCGGCAAUUGAUUCAUCGAGCCGUGCCAAUCAGUUUGAAUUAGGGUCAGAUCCUGACUCUGUCUCCUGAUUGGAUGAUUGUAUUAAAGCUCUCUGAUUGAUUCAAAUAAAACAUCUAUAACCAAUCAGAGAGCUUUAAUACAAUCAUCCAAUCAGGAGGCAGAGUCAGGAUCUGACCCUAAUUCAAACUGAUUGAUGCGGCUCGAUGAAUCAAUUGCCGCUUUCAACCAGAGGUUUAUUUUAAACCUCUGGAACCAGGGUACAGCCAGGCUGAUCAAUACAUAAUAGUACCAACAAAUACAUGCAAUUUGGCAUCACUUUCUUUCUUACUCCCAUUCAACAAAAGCAUCAACAUAUUUGGAGUUGACCUACAUUUGCUUUUUUUUAGUGCUGCCAAAUAAAAUCACAUUGCAAAGUAAUCCUUGGCCUUACUGAGUUUGAGUUGAAGACAAGGAUAAUGAAGGUUCCUGGUCCUUUCUUUUCAAAAAGAAGGAUAUACAAUUCAGUUUCCUCUGCAGACAGGCCCACACCAGCCAAAGUCCAAGAAGUUUUCCAUCACUUUCAAACGAGUCUCUUGGUGCUGUUGUGAGAGUGAGGAGAGGUGUGUUUUUUUAUAAAGCAUUCCCUCAAGAAAUCAAUGAAACCACACUGGCAAAGUAUCGCAUCUCACCUGAAGAGUACCGGCAAUGUUAUUUCAGUGAUGAUAGCCACAUUACGGAUGACCAGAAAUUGUACAUGGAAACACAUCAUCCUCGUGCAGAAGAAUAUCAGUUAUUGCAAAAUGGACCAGCUGAGUGA